CAAAAAUCUUUGCCAACAUCCGUUUUGUCAAAAAAGGCGUUCGGUGCGUUUGAUUCAAUACGUUGACACCGGCUCUCUUUCCCCUUCGAGGCUUCGAAUCUGACGAAUCAAAGUGGGAAACACAGUCCUUUCCGCCGUGCAGUAGUUUUUGAACUACAAUGUCGAUGGUGGAUGAACCUUUGUACCCCAUAGCAAUACUGAUAGACGAGCUGAAGAAUGAUGACAUCCAAUUACGCUUAAAUUCCAUUAGAAGGCUAUCUACAAUUGCUCGUGCUCUAGGAGAAGAUCGGACACGAAAGGAGUUGAUUCCUUUCUUAAGUGAAAACAAUGACGAUGAUGAUGAGGUUCUUCUAGCCAUGGCAGAGGAGUUGGGUGUGUUUAUCCCUUAUGUUGGUGGAAUAGAGCAUGCCUCUGUGUUGCUUCCCCCUCUUGAAACCCUAUGUACGGUUGAAGAGACAUGUGUGAGGGACAAAGCUGUUGAGUCACUUUGCAGGAUUGGAUCACAAAUGAGAGAGUCUGAUUUGGUUGAUUCCUUUGUACCUCUUGUUAAGAGGUUGGCAGCUGGUGAAUGGUUUACUGCUAGAGUUUCUGCAUGUGGGCUGUUUCACAUUGCUUAUCCUAGUGCCUCUGAGGCAUUGAAGACAGAAUUGAGAUCAGUUUUUAAUCAGUUAUGUCAAGAUGACAUGCCCAUGGUUAGAAGAGCAGCUGCAACAAAUUUGGGAAAAUUUGCUGCUACUGUGGAACCUUCACAUCUCAAGACUCACAUCAUAGAGAUCUUUCAGGAUCUUACAAAAGAUGAUCAAGAUUCUGUUCGUUUACUAGCUGUUGAAGGUUGUGCUGCUCUUGGGAAGUUGCUUCAACCCCAAGAUUGUGUUGCACAUAUUCUUCCUGUCAUUGUUAAUUUUUCUCAGGACAAGUCUUGGCGUGUUCGUUAUAUGGUUGCUAAUCAAUUGUAUGAACUAUGUGAAGCAGUGGGCCCUGAACCUACCAAGAAUGACUUAGUUCCAGCAUACGUGAGACUACUUCGUGAUAAUGAAGCUGAAGUACGCAUUGCAGCUGCUGGAAAAGUCACUAAAUUUAGUCGUAUUCUUACCCCACAACUUGCAAUUCAACAUAUUCUUCCAUGUGUAAAGGAAUUGUCAUCGGAUUCUUCUCAGCAUGUUAGAUCUGCUUUGGCUUCUGUUAUAAUGGGCAUGGCUCCUGUUUUAGGAAAGGAUGCAACAAUUGAACAACUUCUUCCUAUUUUUCUUUCACUUCUAAAAGACGAGUUUCCAGACGUACGUCUCAAUAUUAUCAGCAAGCUAGAUCAAGUAAAUCAGGUCAUCGGGAUCGAUCUUUUAUCUCAAUCUUUACUUCCAGCAAUUGUUGAGCUGGCAGAAGAUAGACAUUGGAGGGUUCGUUUGGCAAUUAUUGAAUACAUUCCACUAUUGGCUAGUCAAUUAGGUGUAGCCUUUUUUGAUGAUAAACUUGGUGCUCUUUGCAUGCAAUGGUUACAAGACAAGGUUUACUCCAUUAGAGAUGCUGCUGCUAAUAACUUAAAGCGUUUAGCAGAGGAAUUUGGUCCAGAUUGGUCAAUGCAACACAUUGUCCCACAGGUGUUGGAGAUGAUUAAUAAUCCGCAUUAUUUAUAUAGAAUGACAGUUGUUCGUGCAAUUUCUCUACUUGCUCCAGUUAUGGGCUCAGAAAUUACUUGUUCUAAACUUCUUCCAGCACUUAUUACCUUAUCCAAAGACAGAGUGCCGAAUAUCAAGUUUAAUGUCGCAAAGGUCUUGCAGUUGUUAAUUCCUAUAGUCGACCAUUCACUGGUGGAGAAAAGUAUUAGGCCGUGUUUGGUUGAGCUGGCGGAAGACCCAGAUGUUGAUGUCCGUUUUUUUGCAAAUCAAGCUCUUCAGUCUCUGAUGUCUAGCUAAAUAAACAGGUCAAGUAUUAUUAUUAUUAUUAAUUUAUUAUUAAUAUUUUUAAUUUUCAUUAACUUGUCACUUUAAUUUAAUGUGAGUUAUUGUAAUGUGAAAACGCGUUUUUUUUU